AUGGAAGACGUUGAGCCUGUGCCACACCAAGAGCCGCGAUCGGUAGAUAAAAGCCCAAAGGAGGUACAGACACCUGAGGAGAGAGAAGAGGAAACGAAUGGAGAGAAUGGAGCUGUAAAAGAAGAUAAAGUGAUGAUACAGAAUCAAGAAGAAGAAGAAGAAGAAGUAGAGAAAGAGGACGGAGAAGAAAGAGGAGAAGAUGAAGUUGAAGUGCUGACGGUGAUACGUGAAGAAAGGACAGAGACAUUUGAACAGAAUCAUUUAGAUGAUAAAGAUGAAAAUGGUGUGGAUAUUUGUGAAGAAGAAGUGGAGAUGCAGACGCCCGUAGUAGCAGUUUCAAGUGUCGCCGAGACUGAAGCGAUAGCAGAAAAGUCCGAGACGGACGAAAAGACGUCAGUUGAGAUGAAAAAUGCACCUAAUGAUGAAACCCAUACGUCAAAUGAACUGCUUGUUGAGUCAAAGAACGAACAGAAAGAAGAAAACGUGAAGGAGAUAGUUCCAAAGCCUGAGUUACUAGAUGAAAAACAGUUGAAGGAGGAGGAUACACAAGUAAGCGAGGAAUGUUCAACGCAAGAGCUGCAUCAGACCGCAAGUAUUGCCAGUGAAAAGGAGGAAGGUGAGGCGGAUCUUAGUACUGACAAAUUGACAGAGGGUGAGGAUGAAAGUGACAAUAAGGUACUAAUCGUUGAUAGGCGAACAAAGCAAAAUGCCAACCGCCAGAUGCAGUUACCAUAUGCUUCUUCAAAAUAUUUAGCACCGUCACCUACACCAAUUCGACCACUGGAUGGAGAUCCGCGUGCGAUGAUGAAACAGCUCCAGGAAGGUGAUGUAGCUAACAGCAGUAGUGCGCCCAAUAAUGCAAUCGACGUCUCUCCUUCAAAAGGACAAAGCAAUGCUGGUGCCAACAAUGUUUCGGCAAGUAGCAACGCGGUAUCACAGUCUCAAAUGUUCUACCACCAGACCAAUGCACCUUCAUUUUAUACCACACCCCAGGACGGCCCGCCUGUUGGACCUGCAAUGAUGGAGCAAGGCCAAGCGAACGCUUUUACCGCGAACAAUCAGGUCAAUCGGAACAACGAAAGCAUUCAAAGCAAUUUGAGCUGGAUUCCGCAAGCCGUGCAAGGGGCCCCUACGGCAAAAAUUCCACAAGCGAGGCCAAAUCGCCAUGGAGGUGGUGAUUCGAGUCUAAAUCCUGCUCCAUUUGCCGCUAAAUCGCUUGUGCCGCAGCGUUUGGACGAAAACUCAUACGCUUUGGAUCGCGCAAACUUGAGUCGUCUGGGCUCGUACGCCAAAACUGCGUGUACGCCGGCCCAGGCUAGUGCCCUCGCGAUAGAUGUAUUACGUGCGUCAACUGGCGCAGAAAACGCAAGAGCACACGGGUGGAAAAAUCCAUUUCCUGGCGAUGAGUAUGAGGUCCUGCUUCAAAAAGGAUCUAUUGGAUUGUGUAUGAAUAUGAGUGUCCGCAUGGGCUCGGUUACUGUGACGAGCUUUCGCCGUCCCGAGGAAGCUAUGAUGGGGCCAGCAGAAGCAUGCGGUAUGAUUUCGAUAGGCGACGAUUUGAUUGCAGUCGAUGGUUUUCUUGUCCAAAGUCAAGAAGAUUUUGCGCGUGUCGUUUCACGUCUCAAGUCGCUGCGUCCAGUAUUACUACGUUUCCGUCGACCUGGUGGAAAUGGCCUUGUGAGCAGCCUUAGUCGUGAUUCUCAGGGUUACCGCAAGGGGCAGCAGACGUCAAUUGUUGGUUUAGACAGCCCUCAGCUAUUUACGACUGGGAUGUGGCACAUGGGCGUAAAGUACAUCUGUCCAAGUCAGUGGGCCGCGGAGUUGCACGUAGACGGUGGCGGCAUUCGACGACUGGGUAUUUUUUCGACAGAGAAAGAAGCAGCAAUGGCAUACAACCAGUACAUUCACCAAACGUACGGUAAUGGAGCAGUGCAGUUUAUGAACCCUGCAGGCAGUGCUGCAAAUUCCAACAUUCCUGUUGCGAUGCCAACUGUUCGCGAAAUGCAGCCCAUUCAACGUCGGCGGCCACUGCUUCGUGCUGCAUUUACCGCGGAACAGAAAGAGCAGCUACGUGCUCAAAUUAUGGUAUUUAAGUUUACAUCCACUGGCGGUAACAUUCCCAACGAGAUUUUGAGCCGCGCGUUGAAGACGAUGGCUUACAAUUACAUUCAACCGAAUGCGAACAGGAACAAGAGAAAGAGCUUUGCUCCAGUAGUCCUUACAAAGCCAACUAAGAAAAAGACUAAACGGGGGCGCGGAAAGAAGAAGUUUUCAGACGAAGAUGAGGAUGAAAGCGACUCCGACGAUACCUACUCCGUUCGAAAGAUUUUGAAGGAGGAACAACCGGCUCGCCGGUCUGGACGUAAUGUCGGCAAGGCGAAGAAGAAAUACGUAGAGGAACAGCUUGAUUUUGAGUUGAGUGAUGAAGAGAAGACCUCAAAACACAAGCAAAAGGAAGUUCCGAAGGGUCCACAAAUUGAUACAAUUGUUAGCGUGCGUUUUCACAAACAGACCUCGAAUGAUAUCGAAGUGUCAAUGGAGUUCCUGAUAAAAUGGAAGGACACUUCGUAUCUUCACGUAAAUUGGCUUUCUGUUAGAGAAAUUGAGGAAUUUGGACAACACGCUAUCCAGCGCAUGAGACGGUAUCUUCAGAAAAAUAGUCGUCUCGUAGAAGAGGCACGAGAAACAGUCGUUGUUGGCGAAGAGAAGGAUCUCAGCAACUAUUUCAGCGACUCAUACAUUGAAGUGGACCGUAUUUUGAAUGCAAAAGAAGUCGUGGAGCUUCAAGAAUCGAAUCCGUAUUUAGUCCAUCUCCUAAAAAGGGAAGCCAGUGGCAUUGAAGGCGAAUCAACGGCACCAAAGAAAAAGGGUAUCAAGUACCUUGUCAAAUGGCGCGACAUGAGUUAUGUUGAUUGCACGUGGGAGUGGGAAGAUGAGCUCACAGAUGAUCGUAAAAUUGCUGCUUUUCAUCGUUUCAAUCAUCCUCCGAUUAUCAACGGUGCUCACCCUGCCACUUAUGCUGAUGUUCGGCCCGAGCCGUCCACGUGGGCGAAGUAUCUAGAAUCUCCAGUUUACAAUAAUCAGAACACUUUGCGGUCGUACCAGCUUGAAGGCCUUAACUGGCUAACAUUCUGCUGGUACAAUCGCCGCAAUUGCAUUUUGGCUGAUGAAAUGGGUUUGGGUAAGACAGUUCAAGCAACUUCUAUCCUUGAACAUUUGCGUCAGCGGGAGUUUAUUCGGGGUCCAUUCUUGGUUGUUGCCCCUCUCGCAACGCUGGGAAACUGGAAGCGAGAGAUUGAAACAUGGACUUCGAUGAAUUGUGUUGUAUAUCACGACUCGGAAGGGGGGUCCGAUAUUCGUGCUUUUAUUCGCGAACAGGAAUUUUAUUUUGCCAGUGAAAGUCAUCGAAAACGGGGUAUUUACAAGUUCAACGUAUUGGUGACAUCGUAUCAAACCCUUAUGAUGGAUGCAGAAUUCCUAGAGCCUAUUCAUUGGCGGUAUAUUGUGAUCGAUGAAGCUCACAAGCUAAAAAAUCGCGAAGCAAAGCUACUUCAGGUGCUUCACGGUUUUACGUGGGAUUCGUGCCUUUUGAUGACGGGCACACCACUGCAGAACGGCGUGUUCGAGCUGUGGUGUUUGUUAAACUUUAUCGAGCCCGAAAAAUUCCCGAGCCAGCAAGAGUUUUAUGAUGAAUUUGGUGAUCUGAAUACAGCGGAACAAGUUGGUCAGUUGCACGAACAGUUGAGACCGUACAUGCUUCGUCGAGUGAAAGAGGAUGUGGAAAAGAGUAUUCCACCAAAGGAAGAGACGAUUGUUGAUGUAGAGCUGACUACGAUGCAGAAGAAAUAUUACCGCGCUAUUUUUGAGCGCAACCGCCAGUUUUUGAACAUGGGAGCGUCCGGUACUGUCGCUAAUCUAGUGAAUGUUGAAAUGGAGCUGCGCAAGUGCUGCAAUCACCCGUUUUUGAUUCGCGGUGUUGAGGACAAGGAGUGUGUGGGUGUCGAUGAUCAGCUUCGGAUGAAGGUGUUAAUUCAAGCGAGUGGCAAAACGGUGUUACUUGACAAGCUGUUGACCAAGUUCCGUCAGGAACAAAAGAAGGUGCUUAUUUUUUCUCAAUUCAAGAUCAUGCUGGAUAUUAUUGAAGACAUGUGCCAACUACGAGGCUACAGUAUGGAACGUCUUGACGGAUCUGUUCGUGGAAACUCACGCCAGGCGGCGAUCGACCGUUUCAAUAACCCAGAUUCGGACACAUUUGCGUUUCUCUUGAGUACACGCGCUGGUGGAGUUGGUAUCAACCUGAUUGCGGCGUCGGUUGUGAUUCUGUUUGAUAGCGACUGGAACCCUCAAAAUGAUCUUCAAGCUGUUGCGCGUUGUCACCGUAUUGGUCAAACAAAGUCAGUGAAUAUUUAUCGUCUCGUGACAAAGAAGACGUACGAAGCUCAAAUGUUUGAGAUUGCGUCAAAGAAGCUCGGCAUGCACCAUGCUGUUUUCGAGACUGGUGGGGUUCGCAAUGAGUUUGACGGCGAAGAUGAUAGUAGUGGAAAUAUGAUGUCGUUAAUGUCAUUAGAUCGCGAGAAGGUUGAAAUGAUGAUCAGAUACGGGGCGUACGCUAUCAUGGGUGAAGAAGACGAGCUAGAUCCCGAAAACCGCGCUAUCAAUGAACUCGAUAUCGACCAUUUGCUGUCGAAUAGUCGAACUAUCAGAUAUGACCCGACAAAAUCUGGUGAGAACGCUGACGGCGACAAGAAUAAUUGCGAUGAUGGCGGCAGCGAUACCAAACCGGUGACUGCAUCUCAAACUACUGCUCUUUCGUUCUCGAAAGCAACGUUCACAUCCGAAUCAGCAGACACGACAAUUGACUUCAAUGACGAGAAAUUCUGGGAGAAAGUUCUUGGCCCUAAGCCUGUACAGGUGCUUAUGACAAAGGUCCAAGAAGGUUGGCUGAAGACAGCUUUACAAGACGACGUAAGGGAUUUUCUUCUGCAGUUGCGUGAACUUGCUCGUGCGGUUGUUAAGGAGCGGCAACGAGGCAAAUCUCUUGCAGAUGCGGAUCAAGUUCUCUCGAUUUUGAUUGAGUUAAAAGUCACUGGUUGUGUUAUUAAAGGAGUUGUGAACGUUCGCGAGGUUGCCACUGAAUGGCUCCAGGUAAUUGAGCGACCGAGACGUCGGCGUAGCCAAGAUGUAGGGGACCAGUCGAUGUAUCUAGAAUUUCUUGAUGGACUCAAAGAGCAGCUUCCGAAGAAGAAGAAAGGCGGUGCUCGCCGCAAGCGAACGGCGAAAGCAAACAGUAGGCAUAAGGAUCAGAGACUUUCUAAGAGUGACGAAGACUUUGCUGAAGAUGAUGUCGACGUAUCAAAGCGCAAGAAAGCAGCCCGUCACUCAUCGAGUGGUAGAAACUCCAGAGCCUUGUCACCCAGCGGACGCAUGCUUAGUGGUAUUCAUAUUUCACUGAAGAGAUCCAAGAUUACCGAAACUUUUUGCGUCGUGAGAGCGGCUAGCAAGAUUCGAAAAGUGCAAAAGAAGCUCGAUAGAUCGUCAAGUGAGAUUGACUUGCCGACCACACCCGGUAAAAAUAAACAUUAUGAUAAGCGGCUGAAGGCUAUGGGAGAUGAAGAUGAGGAACAUGUUAGCGGUUCCGAGGAAGAGGAAAAGGAGGAAGAGCAGGAGGAGGAGGAAGAAGAAGAGGAAGAGGAGGAGGAGGAAGAAGAAGAAGAAGAGGAAGAGGAGGAGGAAGAAGAAGAUGCCUAUGAAGAACACGAGAAGGCAGCAAAGAAGCCUUCUCGAAGCCGGCCUCGGAAAACGGCAAAACCUAGCGGCAAGGCCCGAAAGACUGUCAAAGCCAGCGUGGAUCCGCAGGAGGACGAAGAGAUGUGGUGUCGCGUAUGCUAUAGCGACCAAGGCUACCUUGACGACCCUAUCGUACAAUGUGAGAAAUGUUCUGUCGCUGUUCAUCAGUACUGUUAUGGAAUUAAAUCAGUGCCUGAAGGUGAUGAGCCGUGGUUUUGCGAUUACUGUGCUGAACCAAGACGUUUCUCUGCUGGUGCGCCAUGCGAGUUGUGUCCUUUGAAGCGCUCGAAAAGCGCAUUCAAAAAAAACAUGCGAGGGCAAAUGGGUCCAUGUGGUGUGCGCUCUGUGGGCGCCUGGUGUCCAAUUCUCCGAUGUGGAGCGCAUGAGUGGAGUAAAGCAUGUUGCUGCUGCUGCCGACGAGAUGAAAAACUCGGUUUGCGCUCUGUGCGGGAAGAAGGGUGGCAGCAUCAAAUGCAUGCGGAGCUCAUGUUCAACGUACUUUCACCCUCUAUGUGGCCGUGA